GUUAACGCAGACGGUUGGUUCUCAUGUGUGUCGAAGGUGUUUUGCUGUGAAUUCUAUAUUUUUUAUGAUUAACAUAACGGUUUGACUACUUGUGGAUUUAUAUUUUUAAAUAAACUCUAUUUCUGUGUCUGUGCCAUAAAGUGAAUAAAUUAAGCAGUCUAAAAAUGAACAACAACAAAUAUAAACAAUUUGAUAACGAUUCAAAAGCAACGAAAAUAACUUCAUUCGGAAAGUUGUUAAAAUUACAACGUGAUGAUCAGCGGAAUCAAAUUUGUAAAAUGCCUCAGCCUUAUACGCUCUCAUCGCCCUACAGUAAAAUUGUUGAUUUUAAUCACAAAACAAAGAUUGUUUGUCAGAAAACAGAUUUAUCGUUGUUUUUGGAUCAAUGUAAUAUCGUUUGCAUAGGAGAUUGCGAGACAGGAAAAACGUCAUUAAUAAAUCGAUUCAUUUCAUCUACUUUUGAUCAUUGCUAUAAAGCCACACGCGAUGCUGAUUACAAAUCAUCGUAUUUAGAGAUUCUCAAUGUCGGAUAUAAUAUUGGGAUUUGGGAUUUAUCUGGCGAGGAUAAUUAUAAGAUUCUUAAUAGGCCGUACUAUAAAGAUGUUAAUGUAAUUGUAGCUGUUUUCGAUUUAACAAAACCCGCCUCACUUAUCAAUGCAGCAAAAUGGAUGCGAGAAGCAUUAGCUGUUAAUGACAAAUGUGAUCCCCUAAGAUUUCUUGUUGGCACUAAAAGUGAUCUCUUACCAAAAAAGCCACUCGAGGGUCUUGAAUCUCACGCAUGUUUUAUCGCACAGGAAAUUGAUGCUGAAUAUUUUUCGACAUCCUCGAGAGAUGAUAAGGAAGUAUCGAAUUUAUUUCGGAGGCUCGUAUCCUUAGCAUUUGACAAUUCCGUACAAAGACUGAUUAAACCAGCUGAUUAUAAUGUAGUCAAGAACAAUAUAAAAAAUCUGGGAGUGUUUAAACAGGAAGUCAAAAGGAGGAAAAAUUUAUGGACAUGGCUAAGUAGUUGCAUAUAAAAUAUGUAAUUAUUUUUGAACUUUUUGUUUGGUCUCAUAACUUGUUAAGAACUAGAUUAAAUUAAUUAUAUUGCUUAUCAAAUAUACCUUGCCUGUAAAAAAUAAAUAUUAAGGUUAUAUUGAUCGAUUUUGU